GUCGCUUGCAUGCGGCGGGAGGAGGGGUUGAGGUUGGGUUGAGCUGAGCAUCAGCCAGCCAGCCAGCCAAACCACCUCCAGGUACAGGUACAGGUAGCGUUGAGAGUCUGAGACUGAAAAGUGCAGGUACCUACCUACUAAUAAGAACUGGUGAGAGGGUUUGAGGGAAGCUGCGAUGGACCACCCAGCACCUGCAGAAUUUACCUGACCACCUUUUCUGCUCUGUGCGACACCUCGUUGCGUUUGUCGUACUCUUCUUCUUCUUCUUCCUCUUCUUCUCCUUCACCACAGUCUUGCCAACCCGCCGCGUGAGCAACAAUAACAACGACGACGACGCCAACGACGACGACGACGACGACAGCUUCUUGCACUGAUUAACACCAAUCUUUGCAUAAGCCACCCAGCAUGGCAGACAAGCUGAAUGAGUCCUCACCGGACAGUGUCAUGGCGAAACCUGCUGGUGGUCAAGUCGCCAACGAUGGCACCGGAAUCGUGCAGGUCGACCCGUGGCUUGAGCCAUACAAGGGCGCGCUGCGGUCAAGAUUCGCAAAGACGCAGAAUUGGAUCAAGACCAUCGACAAGCACGAAGGUGGUCUCGAGAAGUUCUCGCGCGGCUACGAACAGUUCGGCUUCAACGUCUCGCCCGACGGCACCAUCCUAUAUCGCGAGUGGGCGCCGUUCGCCCUGCGAGCCUACCUGAUUGGCGACUUCAAUGGCUGGAAUCGUGACAGUCAUGAGAUGAAGCGGGAUCCCUUCGGUGUGUGGGAGAUCAGCUUGCCCCAAGUCAAUGGACAACCCGCCAUUCCGCACGACAGCAAGAUCAAGAUCAGCAUGGUAGUGCCAAAUGACGGGCAGAGAGCGGAGAGACUGCCGGCAUGGAUAAAGCGAGUGACACAGGACUUGUCUGUGUCGCCGGCAUACGAUGCGCGAUUCUGGAAUCCACCAGAGAAGUACAAGUGGCAAAAUGCUCGUCCGCCGAAGCCACUCAGUGCGAGAAUCUACGAAGCACACGUGGGCAUUUCUAGCCCCGAGCCAAAGGUGGCCACGUACAAGGAGUUCACGCAGAACACGCUACCUCGCAUUCGAGAUUUGGGAUACAACACAAUUCAGCUCAUGGCCAUCAUGGAGCACGCAUACUACGCCUCGUUCGGCUACCAGAUCAACUCAUUCUUCGCAGCUUCCUCGCGAUACGGCCACCCAGAUGACCUGAAAGAGCUGAUUGACACGGCGCAUGGCAUGGGCAUCACGGUAUUGUUGGAUGUCGUGCAUUCUCACGCUAGCAAGAACAUCCUCGACGGCUUGAACAUGUUCGACAACAGCGAUCACCUCUACUUUCACGAAGGUGCUCGUGGGCGGCACGAACUGUGGGAUUCGCGGCUCUUUAACUACGGGCAUCAUGAGGUCCUUCGCUUCCUGCUUUCGAACCUCCGCUUCUGGAUGGAAGAGUACCAAUUCGAUGGUUUCCGUUUCGAUGGUGUGACCAGCAUGCUGUACACGCACCACGGCAUUGGCACAGGCUUCAGCGGAGGCUACCACGAAUACUUUGGCCCGAGCGUGGACGAGGAAGGCGUGGUAUAUCUGAUGUUGGCCAAUGAGAUGUUACACAGCAUCUACCCGAACUGCAUCACAGUCGCAGAAGAUGUGAGCGGCAUGCCGGGGUUGUGCGUCAAGCUGAGUCUAGGUGGAAUAGGAUUCGACUACAGACUUGCCAUGGCUGUUCCAGAUCUGUACAUCAAGUGGCUCAAGGAGAAGCAAGAUAUCGAGUGGGAUAUGGGCGCAUUGUGCUUCACGCUGACGAAUCGGCGACAUGGCGAAAAGACGAUAGCUUAUGCCGAGAGUCACGACCAAGCACUGGUCGGCGACAAGACUCUGCUAUUCUGGCUGUGCGAUGCAGAGAUGUACACCAACAUGUCGAAGAUGUCCACGUUCACACCCGUCAUCGAGCGUGGAAUGGCGCUACACAAGAUGAUCCGCCUCAUCACGCACGCUCUUGGCGGAGAAGCAUAUCUCAACUUCGAAGGUAACGAGUUCGGCCAUCCAGAAUGGCUCGACUUUCCACGAGAGGGCAAUCAGAAUAGCUUCCACUACGCUCGGAGACAAUUCAACCUGGUCGAGGACAAGCUUCUGCGCUACCAUUUCCUCAACGACUUCGAUAAGGCCAUGCAGUGGACCGAGGAGAAGUACGGUUGGCUACACUCUCCACAAGCAUACGUCAGCCUGAAGAAUGAGAGCGACAAGGUGAUUGUCUUUGAACGAGCGGGAUUAUUGUUCAUCUUCAACUUUCACCCCUCGAGCUCAUUCACCGACUACCGAGUAGGUAUAGAGCAGGCUGGGACGUAUCGAGUUGUUCUGAACUCCGAUGAUCCAGCCUUUGGGGGACUGGGACGAUCGCAGAACGACACGCGCUUCUUCACGACUGACUUUGCUUGGAACGACCGCAAGAAUUUCCUGCAAGUGUACAUACCCACGCGAUCAGCAAUGGUACUCGCGCUGGAAGAAACGCUCGACCCCAGUUGGAAGUCUCAGGUAUCGCUCGGCUACUAGUAGUGGUCGACGGAAGUUUGUGAGCGAAUUCAAUAGCAUCACGCAAAGCAUAGAUAUAUUAUCAGCAUUUGUACCACGCUGGGCACCGCGUGGUCCUACCAAGAUAUACAAGGGAUUCCAUGUGUCGUUUCUUCCCCAGGAGAAUGAGACAGUACUCAAUAGACAGACAUUGAGCCGCACUACGAUAAAGAAUGGAGAUGAUUUGUGCCGCUCCGCCUAUCUUUUCGAUGUGCCCAUGAUAGGGAUAUCCUCAC